UGUGUGCUUGGCACGCACGAACAGGACUGCAAUAGAAAGUGUAGAUGGGUGGGGACAGUUGAACAAUUGCACCCUUAUGAUGUAUCAUUCGUAGUUAUCAACAGAGCUAGUAAGAUGUGUCGUGCCAGCUAUGAGAAGAUUGCUGAGGAUGAGUUCUAUGCGUGCGGUCAGGAGCCUAGCGGCCAGGAAGAAGCUCUUGUGAUGGAUGAAGACGAAGAGUCCAGGGGGCCUAAGCUCGAGCUCAAGCGAGUACGGCUAGUAUAAAAGUCGUCUCGUACGGCCCAAGACGUAUACGAGAUAAGUAUCGUAAGCUCCAACCCCAGAAACUCGCAUUCGUUUUCAGUGUGCGAGGUGAGUGCGAAACUAUCGUAUACGAGUGACAUUUUGUCAUGUUGGUGAACCUGUGGGAAGAAAAAAACGAACAUCAGCUAUUCAGAAGCAGCAAUUGUAAGGGCUGGCUGUGUUUAUUUACUGCCUGUGCACGGUUUUGUUGUGAAGAGUAGCAAAAUGACGAAAAUAAGCAACGAGCAAAAGGUUUUGCUGCUAGAAUUCAUAGAAGAAAACAAGAAAAUUGCUCAAGGCAAACUGACUGCUGACUGGACAGCGAAGGAUGCCGCCAGGUUAUGGGAAGAAGUAACCAUGAAAUUGAAUGCUUGUUCUGGGGCAACAAAAUCAUGGAAAGAGUGGCGUAAGACAUGGCAUGAUAUUAAAACUAACACCAAGGGCCGAGCAGCAGCAAUAUCACGGGAGAAGAGGAAGACAGGUGGAGGUCCUCACAGUGGCGAAGAACCCACCGAUUUUCAAAAACGAGUGUGUGCUAUUAUAGGCCCAACACUUGUCCAUGGACUCCCAGAGGCUACUGAGAAAACAGUCUUGUUUGAUGACUUGGUAUGUGAAUUUAUGUACAUAUUGCAUAUGAAAAACUUUUUGCAUUAAAUGUAGAAAAUUGAAACAAUGUAUGACCUAUAACUUUUACUGAAUAACUGGGUCUGUUAACAUACAUAGGCAUUAAUAUUCGUUGUUGCACUUUGGACCCAAAUGAUUAAAAAUCUAUUGGUACUUUAACAAGAAAAAGAAAGUAGACAAUUGUAAUUACUGUAAAUUUUUGUGCAAAAGUAUUAAAAAGAACUAUGGAUUGCAAGUAACUUAAUAUUACAAAUUUUGCAGGUUUGUGUGACUGAAGUGAGUGUGCAUCACCCAGAUCAUUUGCAAAUCUGCAACGUUGUAGAAGACAUUCCUAAUUUAGGGGAUUUUAUAGAAUGUAACGAUGAACCACAUAAUGAAGCAAAACUAUCGCAGGCCCCUCUUGCAACAAAACCAAAUAGUUCUGGAGAGUACAGUCACCAGAACUUUCGAAUCAGAGCCACGCCGCAAAUAGGAACUGUUUUCGUCGUUAAUGUUGUAAUGAAUUAUUUCUUGUAUGAUCAGUAAUAAAUGUAUUCAGUUGUCAUAGCUUUCGAUGACUUUUCGCCACACACUGUUUCCUUCCUACUCCUUGUUCCCCUCGUGUGUUUAACACAAGAGGCUACAAUACCAUCAGUCGCAAGCUGGGAGUGUUGGUGUUCACGUGGUAAAAAAUUUCCGUUGUUAUUCUUAACUUUGCUGUGUGUAAGGAAGUGAUUCAACACCAAGGUAAGACACGCCAUGCAUUUUUAUCACUCUUUAUAAAAUCUCACGUUCCAAAAUAAGAAGCUACAAUUACAGAAACGAUAUAUCUUUUAGUACUUUGGUUUCUUCACGUAGCAUAUUUACUGGAAAACAAUAUCCUUGUAUCAGUUCUGAUAAAAACCAGUUUCCUCUUACAGUUUGGACGGCAAAGGUAAAAGUUGACAAAAUGGGGCAAUUCCGAUCAUGCUAUUGGGGCUAUUUUGAUCACAGGAAAUAAUUUAUUGCUCUGGAGAAUACAGCACAGAAAGGAUCGUAUUUAUCAACUAAUCUUAAAAGCGAUUACUCGACACUGCUCUAUUGUCCCGGUGCACGUAGCUGACAGAAAAAAGUAUUAUUUUAAUGUUUCAAGGAUAGCUGAGGGGACAGUUAGAGACCUAGCUGUCGCCAGUUUGUAGAUACUGAUGUUUAUCUUUUCGACUACCGCACAUUCCGUUGCGGUGAUUGGUUUCACUGCCGAUGCUUGGCGGGUCGCACCCUAUAUUACUCAAGAAAGAGUUGGCUGGUCGCACUCCGUGUUGGCCACACUUUAAAUAACUCGCACACACUUUUUCAUCUCGAUGCCAUAAAAUAAAGGCAUUACCAACUUGACAUACAUAAAACGAAAAAGUGUCAAGUUUGUACCUUGAAAUAUGACCAUUGGUUAAAUACUGUCAGAGUGUUUGCCAUCCACAAAUUUUACUGGUUCUUAGUACCAGCCGCUGUGUGCUGAAAUCUAACAACUUUCGAAAUGGGUCUUCGGGGACCAUAGCAGCAUAAGAUUUCUCGCAACAAAGUUUAGUUAAUUACAGAUUUUCUUUAACAUCUUGAUACUGAAAUCUAAUAUUGUUAUUAAUAAUUUAUUUAAUCUCCAAAUCCUUUCUGGAAUACGAGACGAUAACAGAAUUCCACACUACCCAAGUUAUAACCGAGAUAAACAUUUUGAUGCAUUUUACUGAAGUGUUGCAUGCAUUUAAAACAUCUCAAAUGUAAAUCAACACUAAUAUGUACUAUGGUUGUGAAUUUCAGAUGGUCAGAAACUACAAAAGAAAGAACACCACUCUUCAGUGGUCCGAGGAGUCUAUGUCAAAUGCUAUCAGCAGUGUCCUCCAUGGAGAAACAACCAUCAGAGCAGCUGCUAACUUACAUCAGGUGCCAUUCAACACACUUCAGAACAGGAUCCAAAAAGUAAAACUACAGCAGUUAUUAGGAGACAAAGGGAAAGAGUGCAAACAUAAAGUUGGUCACCCACCUGUACUAAAUGCUGAGGAGGAAGAUGAACUGUGGGACAGACUGUUCAACCUGUCGAAAAGAGGCUUUGGUUUGACCACAAUUCAGGUAAGAAAUGCAGCAUACAUGUAUGCUGAAAAGAAGGGUCUAAAAAUUCCAUGGAGCAAUACCGAAAAAUUGGCUGGUAAAGAUUGGCUUGGCAAGUUUCAUGGCCAGACAUCCUCAACUCUCUUUGAGGAAACCGGAAGGUUUGUCAAAAAUGAGGGCAGCUGCCAUGGAUGAAAAAGAUUUUAACGACUUUUAUGACCUCUUUGGUGAUUUGACGAAUGAAUUAGAACUCAGGGAGAAGCCAGAGAGAAUUUAUAAUGUUGAUGAGUCUGGAUUUCCUUUAAACAAUAAGCCAUCAAAAAUCAUUUGUGAAAAAGGCCAAAGAGAAGUAAUUAAAUUGACAAGUGUAGAACGUGGGGAAAAUGUGUCAGUAGUAGCUUGUUUCAGUGCUAGUGGGCUGUACAUACCACCAUUCGUGAUUUUCAAGGGUGUGCGGUAUCGAGAGUCAUACUGUGCUAAUUUGCCAUCUGGAUCUGUAGUAGCAAUGUCUGAAUCUGGAUAUAUAAAUGAAGACCUAUUUCUCAGAUGGUUGCAACAUUUUCAAAAGCACAGACUCCCAGGGAAAUGCCUUCUUAUUUUGGAUGGACACGCAUCACAUUGUUCGCUUAAAUGCCUGAAAUACUGCAGAGAAAAUGAAAUUGAACAUCUCUGUUUACCACCUCAUACCACUCAUGUCCUUCAGCCUCUAGAUCGCACACUAUUCAAACCAUUAAAAACUUUCUACCAUCAAGAAGCAACCACAUUCUUUCACAACAACUCAACACAAUCGAUCACCAAGUCUGACUUUGGAAAGAUUUUCACAGCUGCGUGGAACAAAGCUGCAUCCCAUGGGAAUGCUACUAAAGGGUUUCAGUGUACUGGUCUCUACCCAUUUAACCCUCAGGCUAUCUCGAUGGAUAAAUUUCUACCAUCUGUAGCUUUCCGAGCUGAAUCUCCUUCUACAUCAACAAAAUCAUCCACAAUGCAAACUUCAGGUCCUUCAUCUGAUGUUUCUCUUGAUCAUGUUCAAAAUAAGUCACACAGCCAACAUUCCCCGUCCACACACACAGUUUGCUCCAGUUCCCAAGCUUCAUCCACCAUGUCCAUAUCAGCUUCUACGUCCAAGUCUCCCAGUGAACAGAAACUCAUUGGAUUUAAUGACAUCAUUCCAACCCCAAACAAAUCAUCUACAAAUAGGAAUUCACCGAAACAAACCAGAAAGCAGGAAUCUCGACAUCUGACAUCGGAUGGAAACAUCAAGGCAACAGCAGAAAAAGUUAAAAUUGCCACAUUAAAAAAGAAACAGAUAAAUUGCAUAGUGAAGAGACGAAGACUGUUUGCAGAAAAUGAAAUGGACUCUAGUGGAGAAGAAAUCCUCAUCAUGAAAGAUUCGAGUGACGCACCAUGUAGAUUUUGCAACAGAUGAUGGAGCCAGUCUGCCAACAGAGGGGACUGGAUCAAGUGCCAGAAAUGUAGAAGCUGGUAUCAUGAAAUCUGUGUGGGUGCCAAAGGAAAGAUGCGGUAAAUGUGUGUGAUCAUGAUUGCCCCACUAUGAUCGGAUUUACCCCGUGUGUGAUCGCAAUUACCCCACUUGUUUUGUGAAUCCUGUGAUAUCACCUUUUAAAGAAUAUUUUUUUUGUAAAUUUAUAUGUGCCAUUAAUUACCUUUUUCAUUCAAGGUAUAUUAAGUAUACAUAUUGAAGUUUAUGCUCAUGUAUUUUCAUUAACCUAAUCUUAUUUUCAACAAUUUAUUUUCACAACACAAUUUGAAGUGAUCGGAAUUGCCCCUCUCUAACCUAAUUCAUGGGUGGCAGAUGCAGAAAUUGAGAAAUCCGCAAGGGUUUAGAAUAUUUUCUGUGUUAUUUUUUUGUUCUUGUAGUAGUGAAGAAUUUAACUAAUAUUUUUUUUUUUUGUUUUUUAAAAGAACUUGCGGUGUUUAUAUUUUUUGAAACCUGUCACUUUGGUGGUACUUUUUUUAAUUAAAAUUGUUUUGUAUCACUAAGGGAUCGAACCAAGUAUCGAUUCUAUAGGUAUAUUAAUAAGUGAUGUUUUAUUAAAUUUAUGGGUCAAUAAAUACAAUUAUCCAAGAUGGUGUACAUAACGGCUUACUGGAGGCUGGUAGUAGUUGAUUUUAAGCCUCUUUUAGGAUUUUGAACAUGAUUUAUUGAAAUUCUUAUUUUUUAUAUACAAUUAAAUGUUUUCAUCAUCCAGGGAUCGAACGAAGGACAGGGAUCGACCGAAUCAAUCAGAAUAUUGAUUAGAAAUUUAUUUAAUGAAUUUUUGAAUUUUCCCCGAUUUUCUAACAUAAAAAUAACGGAUUUUCAAGAUGGCGGACAUGUCAUACUACCUGAUGAUAAUUAUGCUAUGAAAAAAGUGGUGGGUGUCAGUCUGCCGGUGGCUUCCGUGGAAGAAGGAGCCUGGCGCCAUUUUUUUGCACUCGUCGUGAUCGAACCGAGGACUCCGAGAUCCAUGUCUAAAACGUAUGUUUUUUUAAAAUAUUUUUAUUAAAAUCUAUUAAUUGUAUUUUUUAUAAAUUUUUAAUUUUUUCAUUGAAAUCGGAUAGUAUAAAAAGAUUUACAAGAUGGCGGCCGUAACGGAAAUUGCAAUGGUGACGUCAUAAUCCUAGAUGACUUCAGAGGCUUAUCGGAGGCUGUAGACAUGGAUGCUUAAACCUCUUUUAGGAUUUUGUGUUCUUUCUAAGGCAAAAAUAUUUUGAGGUUUUUCAAAAUCCUAAUUUUUGAGUUAUCAAAUUUUUUGAGAUUUUUGGACUUUUUUUCCUUCAAAAAAUGAUAAUUUUGGUGACUUUUGAGGAAUUUUGGGCAAAUUUUGACAAUUUUUGGCAAAUUUUGAAGGUCAAGGUCAAGGUCAAGGUUACACUCAUCCAAGAUGGCCUCCGAGACGUCAGAAUCCAAGAUGGCGGUCGGUACCAGGCACCACACCCAGAACGCAGUGGCCGGACCGGCUAUCCUGUACUGCUCACAUAAAGUAGGCUACAGUGAAAUUCCGGACGAAAACAGAUAUUUUUAUUUGCACAUGCCCGAAGCCAGUGACGUUUUUAGAAAAAUAGCCGAGAACCAAACACCUGGCGUCGUCCAAACAUAGCCAACAUAGUAAACAUAGCGAGCAUGGCGCCCUGUUUGGCCAUAGCUUACGUCACUCACACACCUGUAAACAUACAUUUCAAGUCCCGCCUUUUUCAUUAAAACUAAUUAUUUGUUUAUUUGUUUUUCACCUGUAUCUUAUUUUAAGCUCAUGCAUUAAAAAUUUUUGUCAGACUUCUAGUUAAUUCUGCCGCUGUUAAACACAUUUCUUAUAUUUAAAGAUUAAUUAUUUUCUUUUUAGUUCAUACAACAUUAGAGCGUGUUUUGUUUAGUUCUUUAAAAAAUAAUUUAAUAAUAUUAUCUACGGCUUGGAUUAAGAUUAUUUUUCAGUCUCCUUCAGUGUUCGUGUCACUAAGUGAUUUUCGUCGUAAAUUUAUAUGUACUGCAAUAUUUUUUAUUCUCGCUAAAUGCUGCAGUUUAUCACUUUUGGUAUCUUAUUAAAAUCACUGCUUUUUAACAAUUAUUUAUUAUAAUGGUACUAUAUUGGUAAUAUUAAUACGGAAAAAAAAUGUUUUGGCCAGUGCGCCUGCAAAAUUAUAGAAAUAUGAGUUUUUCCCAGGUAAUAUUUGCAUGUUAACGAAAAGGAUUUCAUCUUGAUUUUUAAAAUUUAUCAGAUUUUUUGACAUACAAAAAUAUAUAUAUAAAAAUUAUAUAUAUUUUCCCUAUUUUAUAGUAUCAGUACUUCCAAAGCUAAAUUUUUUCACAGUGGUAGAGUCAACUAUGCUGAGCAACAUACCGAAAGUUUACUGCUGUAGACCUUGUGCGUAUAUCUGAAAAAGUGCAGUUAAGUCCUAAAAGGCAGCGACUUGCAGCAGUUUAUUAAAAUGCUUCCCAUUUGCCCACUUUUUUACGUAGAGACUUCAUAAAAUUAUUAAAACACUCUGAAAACGCCAUUUUAUACACUAAUGUUUUUAAGAGUUCUAAGAGUUAAGGUUAAGGCAAGAAAUAAAUUGAUUAAGUAAUGAAAAACUCUUUUUUAUAUAAUUCAAGGACAUUAAAACCUGAUUGACUUAAAAAAUUUCAUCUAAUGCAAAUAUUACUUUAACAAUUAUGUUGUAUAUAUCUUAAGCUUUACAUUGACAUAGUUUUUAAGAGUCUAGUUUAAUUUAUUGGAUUUCUAGAGCAUUCUGAGAGUAGUAGUAUUAUGUACGUAUGUGAUAAUGCCACAGCCGCAAGCGCGGGGGUGACUUUCGCUCCCACUAAAUCGAGAUUUUUUAAUCUUUAGGAAAUUCCUUCCAUAUUGAAAAUUGAUACAAACGUAACAUCGAGGUAUUUAAGUAACACAUGAAAAGAUUAUCUACGCAUUCCUUAAACGUCAUUAUUAUAGUCUGCAAACUUAACCAAAACUUACUUAAAAAAAUAUCAUAAAUAUAAAAAACGAAAAACAUUUAAUAUGUUUUACUAAAUAUGAAAUUUAUUGUUUUAUAAGGAAAAAGGAGUUGAUACCUACAAAAUUACAAAAAAUUUAAACCUAUUAAAAUAAUAACACGAAAACCUGAUAAGAUAAACGCAUUAAUGAAUGUUGUUGCAUUAUUAUUUAGCUACGAAUAUGUAUAUUUGUAGAUAAUUUGGUUCAAUCAGGCUGACCGCUGAAGCGUUUCGAACUGCGUAGCGAACACAGCUGCAGCCUCGGCCACUGCCCGCCAAAACAACCCUGGUUAGGGGAGCGCUUUAACUACCUUUCUGUGACUUCUGGUCCCCUGAUACUUUCUCACAUGGAACUACUCGAAAAUACGCUUUAUUAUAACUUUUGUUGAUAUUUUUAUUUUUUUCUUUAACAUGUCCUUAUUGGUUUGAGCAUUUCAGUGCGCGCCAUUUUGUUUUAACUUCCCCUCACAGCCCCCAUGGCCCACUACCAGAGUGGGGAGAGAGAAAAAAACGGUUGUGAGCUGCCUAGGUCGUAGAAAUGAAAUAGCAGCACUGCCUAUGUGUUUAAGAAUGUUGUGCUAUCUUUGAAAACAUUUUUGUUAAUUUUUGUAUAAGGUUUUCCUUCUUCGUGUAAGCUAAUUUUCCUUACUGUUUCUUUUAAACUUGAAAAAGUUUUAAGUAACUUGAGCUUUACGAUAAAGUAAUUUCAGGUAAGCUGUAAGCCGCAAUACAAACGCAACGUAGAUUAAUGUGGUAUAGACCAAGUUAUUGCAGAAAAUAAAUUAAAAUACAGUAUUGUACAUUACCUCCUGUGACUGCCUAACAAGAGUGCUUUAUUAGAAGCUACCUACAUUAGCUGAUACUUCAGCAAUGACAAUACAAUGCUAUCAAAUAAUGGGCUAUUAAAAUGUUAAAAAAAUUACUUGCUGUAAUAAAAAUGAGUUGAAAAUAAAAAAGACACUUAAAAAAAGAAUUUGCAGAACUAACAAACCAAUUAGGUAAUGUUCUAAUACUUAGUUGCAUGGAAAUUAUUUCUGGAACUAUAGCAAUAUGAUGAUAGGACAAACUGUACAGGCAGUCCUCAACUUUCGUAAAUAAUGUGUUCUUGAAAAAGUGUAUGAAAGAUGAAUGUAUGAAAGAUGAAUGCUUCACUUGCAUGUAAUACAGAGGUUUCUGUUCAACUAAUACUAAAAAGAUUUCAAAAAGUCACUAAAUACAACACAAAAGUAGUUUUAUGUUGCUGAAAUACACAUGAGUUUAUUUAUGCCAAAAAAAUUUAAUAUAAACAUAUCUUAAAAUUACUAAAAUACUGCUGUAGAUCAUUUAAAUGUUUGGUGCAUAUUCAGAUAAUCAUUUAUGUUUGAUAGUAUUUACUGGCUAAAAAGUUAUACUCUUAAUUUUCUGCAGUCAGAAAAUGUCUGACAGUCUGAAUCCAUUGUAUAAAAGUAGAUUCGUUGGUACUAAUGUCCGAUAUCUGAAAGUCUGAAACGUAUGAGAGUCGAGGACUGCCUGUAUUAGACAAAAUAAAUAUUUUAUAGCAUUGCAUGAGGUGAAGAAAACUAAGAGUGAAAUUGAGUUAUUUAUAAGUAUUAGCUUGUAUAUUUCUUUAGAUUUUAUAACUUUUCAGGUACAGUGCUGUCUUUAAUUUAUUUGACCAAAAAUACUGACUUGAAAUUGAAAAAAAUUCAUAUUAGUUUUAUAUAAUUUUGUUUUUAUAAGUCUCACGCUCACAUGCACAUGCAUGCACACAAAAUGAAUGUGAUAUUAAAAAACAACCCUAUCAAAAGAAAGUUACAAACAUUACAGUUAAACAAUGUUAAGAAGUUCCUACUUAAGUUUUCCCCCAUAGUAAGUUUGAUUAUGUUUACCAUUUCCAUUAGAACAUUGACCCUUUUAAGAAGUUUUUCCCUGCCAAUCAGUUUAAAUUUUUCAGGCCUUUUAGAAUCUUCUUAACAAAGUGUAAUUAAACAGUACUUAUAACACAUAACAUGAUAUUUUGUGGUCAACUGUUAUAAACAAAACAUAUCUUAAUACUUACAAGUACGUAUCCUGUAGGCUUUUUCAGAGCUGGGUAUUUGUUUGUGUAAGAGGCAACCGUAUUAUCUGAUCUGUUCUGAAACAAAUUCUUAAGGCGUAUGUGAGCAGUGACUUCCCAGUUUCUCUCAACCAAUUCCCAAGGAUCUGAUGAGUUGUGGAGCCACUCUAAAUUGUCGCGAAACUGGCUGUCUUGAACUUCAUCAACUAAAGAAUAAAAAUAAUAUAUAUGUAUGGUUGAAGCUCAUAAUAACAAAACACUAAGCCAAUAUUAAAGUCUUAAAGAUAAUUAUACACAAAUACAGUGACAAUAUGUGAGCAAAUAGCACAAAUGAUGGGGCAGGAUCCCCACAAGGCAUAACGGGCCUGUUUCACAAAGUUACAAGUUUGUUCGUAACAUGUAAAUAAUAACAAACUUAUUAAAAUCUAUAAAUAUUGUGUUUUUGGAAGCAGCAAGUUAACACUUGUUACUACAAGUGAAUUUGGAUUAGAUUAAAAGAAAAACACUUGUUGUAGAUAAGUGUAUCCCUUGUAACCAACAAGUGAAUUGCACUAACUUGUACCGGACUAGUGUUACGAACAAGUCGCUUUUACAAGUCUCAGUAGGUAGGUAAAUUGAGAAGGGAAAAAAAGAAUGAAUAAUUUGAAUAAGUAAUUAGUAAGUGAAAAUAUUUUAGAUAUGUUUCUCGUGCGGACGUACUCCAGAGGUAGGUUAUGUUUUUGCAUUGGUCACAGACAAUAUUUCUUGCGGACAAGUCUUGUUGGUAACAAAACCUGCUAUAUGGACAGAUAUAGGGCCGAAUGCACAGAUUCCACUAAAUAUUUAGUGGCCACUAGCACUUCCUCUAGUGGAGGUUUCGAACACCACUAAACUUCGUAUUUUUAAAAUAUUUUAGUGUAAGCUCGGCUGGGAUUAAUGGUAUUUAGUGCGAGAGGCCACUAGACAACGAAGCUAGUCGAGUUGAACCGAAUGCAAUGACGUCAGGUAAACGUCAUAAAUAUUGACCAAUAGAAAACAUCUAAAACAAUGACGUACAAAACUUCCGGUAGGAAAACGAUUGGCCUUGGUUGUUUUGAUUUUCGUAUCGUAUAAUUGUAACUCACAUUGAAUUAUAUUUUUUUGAUUAAUACGAUGGAAGUUGAAACAGAUUCUGCUGGUAAGAAGUACGGUGACAGGUUUUCUUCGGGUGAGAAAACAAUCUUGUUCUCGCUUGUUGAAGAAUUUUCCCGUACAGUGGAAAACAAGAAGACAGAUUUUUCAACGAUUGCAUCGAAGAAGAAAGCGUGGGAGGAUAUUGCUAAGCGUUUCAAUUCGUUCAGCGAAGUUUCGAAGGUAUAUUCUUUAUCACUAAUGCAUUUUGAAAUACAAUAUUCUAUCAUAAAUAAAAUUAUUUAAUUUAAAUUACUCGUAUGUUUAUAAUUAAGCUAACUUGACCUUACCAACUGCCCCUACCAUUUAAUAAUAUUUUAAUGUAGCUAACCAACCACAAAAUUAUGUAAUUUUGAAGUAUUUUAAAUGUUGCUAACUUAUCAUUACCAUACUUUACAAACUACUUGAAGCAAUACAUCCUCUUUGAUAAUUAACAUUUCAGGUAGCUAUAUAGGUUAUAAUUAUCAUUUUGAAAUUAUUACAAUUUUAUAAGGAAAAUGGUUCCUUCAGAAUAACUUUAUUUAUAGGGGAUCAAGUUGUGCAUUGUUUUUACUAAAACAUACAAUUUAUUUGUUGCUGAAUGUAUCAAUUGUGGUAAUGGACUUACAGUUUGUUAAACAUUUACAUGUUAAAAAUGUCUUAUUGGUUCAUAUUUACGAAAUUGUAAAUCAGGUAUUUUUUUUUUACUAAAUUUAUUAACAAAUUACACAAGUCUGCUUCCUAGAAUCUGUGCAUAGCUAUUAACCUUCUACCAGAUUCAUAUUUUUACCCUGUUUAAGGUAAUAAAACUAAUAAAAUGCUGCAGAUAGUAGUGUGUUACUUUAACUCAAAAAAUUAUUGUGGCUUACAAAGAACUAGGAGUUUUAAUUUUUUUUGAGGAUGAUUAAGCAUUAGAUAAUUUAAAACUUAAUUUCAUUAAAAAUAAUUCUCUGAAAGCACUAAUUCAAAUAUAAACCCCAUCAGCUGAUGCAGUUAUGUGCAUAGUUAUAAUGUAUGCAGUUAUAUGUAGUGCACAUAUUUGUAACAAUGACUAUAUAAAGAUACUCUUGUUACCUUUUCUUCUGGUUGAUUGUAAUAUUUCACUGAUAAGUAUUUUGUCAUCUUUCAGCGAGCUGGUCCUCAGCUUAAGAAAUGUUGAGAAAACGAAAAGGCCAAGCAAAUUUUGGCCACAAACACCAGGCAGCGCAUGACAACUGGAGGAGGUCCUUUUGUUCAGGAUACCCCAACUGACCCAGAAUUGGAGGUGGCACUAGCCGGUGUUCAACACUUCUUGAACAACACUGGUAACUCGGACAUGGUAAUAACUGCCGAGUCAUUAAAAUUGUCAGAGUCAUUUGUUCCAGUGGAUCAUGACUAUUUUAUAAGCAGCAUGCCUGCAUCAGAUGUGGGCACAUGCAAAAUUUUAAAUACGGGUGUUUCGGAAAGGCUUGCUGCGCCUUGUUCAUCGCCGUCAACUUCGAAGACAAUGCCAACUGUCUCUGUUCCAACAUGUGCCAGAGGCAAACCUGCCCCUCCAGCAGUUCCUUUCUCUGGUCGUGAUGGCGCUAUUGAUCGUGAGCUCCAGCGCCGCCUUGCCAGAGUUGAUGCUGCAGAAAAGGGCGAUACAAAGCUACAAAAUCUUCAGGAGCUUCAUCUCAGGCUGCAAGUGAGGGCAGCAUGAAAGGCAGCUGCUCGUGAAGAUGAACUUCAUGCGUUGAAGUUGAAACAACUUUGCAGAGCUGCAGCCAGGGAAGAAGAGCUUCACAUGCAGCAUAUGAAGCACAGAGAGGAAGAACAUUUGCUGAGAAUGCAGAAACUGAAAACUGAAAAUGAUGUUGUUCUUUAAAUAAUCGUAAAGUUGAAUAUCAUUUUCAGUUUUCAUGCAUGGUUUAUAGGCCUCUUGGGGAAACUCUCCAUGCAAAAAAAAGAGUUAACGCAUUGGGCACUGUACCUCUUGAGACCCGUCUCAAUGGUGAUGUGGAAACCAGUGCACAGCCCAGAAAAGGAGUUCCAGUGGAUCAUGGAGAAAAAUGGUUAGUAAGAAAAAAUUUUUUGUACAUUUAUGCAACUUAUUUAUGUUUUGCUGAAGUAUAUUAUAGCCUAUGUAAAGCACUACAAAACUUUGCAAUUGUGUUAACGAUUAUAUUGCAUUAACUGAAUUGUAUAACUCAAGUGGUGUGUGUCUAUAUAUUUAUUUCCCUAGUUUACUCACCUGUCCAAUUUAGGUAUACUGAAAUUUAUAAUUGUGUAAUGUAAUCAUCUACAGAGAGUUUGAGCCAAGCAUGCUGCACAUGUGCACACAAAGAUCUGCUACAAGAUAGCCUAACAUCAUUUAUCUCUAGAACAGUUGUAAUUUGUGGAACAAUGUAACUUUAUAUUGUCUUCACCAUUGCUCAGUUUUGCAACAUUUAGUUCUUCAUUGACUAGGAUUAGUAAAGGAAACUCAUUCUGCCUGUGACUAGGCCAAUUGAAAUAAUUAAGCUUUUAGCUACCCAGACUACCCUGCCCACUGUAUAAAAAUUUAAGAUGUACCUAAGGUAAACUUCUGAUAAUCUGGCAUGUUACGGACUUUGUAGAUGUCUUUUUUUUUUUGUUUGUUGAAAUGCUGGAUUAUCAGUAGGUGUCUCCCACAUUCUCUAAAAGCUAAAUGCUGUUUCACCAACGAUAUCUGUAACAUGAUGUUUGACAUGAAAUAUGUUUAGCAUGAACAAAGAAAUUUCAGACCAAAACUAAAUUGGCUGAUGAUGAACUUCAGAGUGAUUCUGAGCAGUAGCGAUUACCUUCAUUUAAUCCUGGGCCGCUCAGAGCGUCUGUGCGUACUGAAAAAACUUUUCCGGCCAAGCCCAAGUUGCAUAAAUCCAUACAUUUCUCACUGGUGCCAGACAAUCAUUAGUUUAAUGUAUUGUUUUUUGUAAUCACUGAUGAUUCAUGGUUAGGUUUUCUAUGCAUUCGUCGGGUGCACCCUGCAUGUCAGCUAAAUCAAGUUACACAGGGUACGUCCUAUUUCAUUGAAGGCAAGUCGUUGAAGUUACCCGAAUAUGAUUUCAUUGACAGUUUUCACAAAUGUUAAGCUUUUAUUGUGUAUCAAGCAAUAACAUCAUCACAUAUUAAAUAGAGAGCUAUAUUAGAUUUUUCAAUGACACAUAUUGAAUAACAAACACGAAUAAAUUAUAUACGGUACUCACAUUUCUAAAAUUCUGUUUAAAAAUUGUUUUUUUUAUUGUUGUUUUAAUGACUAAUCAAGAUGUAAAAGAAAUAAUUUUUCUUGAGGUUACUGAGCACUAAAAAGUGAAUUAAGGCAUUUUGCACAAUAUUUGAACAUAGACAUUAAACUAUAAAAUUUAUGUAAUUUUCUAUGCCUUUUUCAAAAAACCUUAGAUACUCCCUAUACCUACAAAGUUGAACUUUGAUUAUGAUAUAAAAACUAACCGGAGUUCAUAAUCUUAGAUUUAAGAAAUUUAAGAACAAGAAUUUCACAGUUUACAUUUCUACUGCUUAGGCCACUAGGCCACAGAUGUUAAAUGAACUUACUUGUUGCUGUUCCCUUAGAGAAUUCCUGACAAUCAAAUAUUUCCAACUGUCUAAAUUUGCUUUGAACUUGGCUCGGUCUCCAACAAUGGCAACCAGCUCCUUCAUCAUGUCUUCCGUCAGGUGUUGAAUAGCAUGAAUAUCUAUACGAUUAUCUAAAAGAGUAAGAUUUGACUCUAUGAAAAAAAUAAUCAUUCACAACCAAAUAUUAUGUGAGACAUACAUAUUUUCAUAGUUCAAUGAGGUCUGUUUAAGUAACCAUUACUUUUGUAGCUGAUGUCCUACAAUAGAGAUGAGAAAAGCGGGGGGAACGGGAGAUCACCGAGAAAACCCGCCAGCCGAUGACAAUGUCCGCCACGUUUCCCACAUGCGUAAAAUCCGGGACUGACACCCGGAUCCCCUGAGUGGGAGCCGACCACACGGACAUCAUGGACCCUGCGCGU